CUGGUCAAUGGUAACCCCAUGAUGUUGGGGAUUCAGUGAUGGGAACACUGUGGUCAUUGCCCGCCAUUUGUAUGGCGUAUAUGUUAUUUGGCACUUGUCAGCUCAAGUCUGGAUAUUAUCCAGAUCUCGCUGCAUUUGAACAUGGACUACUACAGUAUCUGAUGAGGCUCAAACGGUACUGAACAUCAGCAAACAUCCUAACUUCUGAUCUUGGCUUCUGAGCUCACACUGCUCAAUUUUUCUUUUUCUUUUGUAAACACUAUUUUCUUCUUCUUCAGAAAUGGUAUCAUGUUUGUUCUUGAGGUCUUUAAUUUUCUUUACAUGAUUAACAUUGGUCUUGACUUAGAUCUGUGCCACUCUUUCUUAAACAGGGAUUAAUUUCUCACAGCAUUCAUGCAUCAAUUAGACCUACCAUGUCAGACUUCAAACUGAACAUCAAAAUCCCUAAUUGUUUAAGCAGAAUUAGCCAGUUUAAUAGAGCUGUGUGUAUUUUAUAACUUGUAAUUCUAGUUUUACUUUUGGUAUGUUCUUAUUACUGAAGUUUUCAAAAGGUUAAUGACUGACUGACUAGGCUGAAGGUUUAUGUCCAAUGCCUUUUUAUUGAUCCUCCCACAUAGUAAGCAUCAAUUACAUUGUUGUGGGUAUGGCAUCACUUGUGCACCAGACUGGGUCAGACUGAAUUUUUUCUUUCCUUAAAGGGCAUUAAUAAACCAGACAGUUUUUAAUAUGAUGGUUUCACAAAUUAUCUAAAUGUUAUCUUGAUUAUUGAGAUUAUUUCUUAGUUGAAUUAAGUUCCACUAAGGGAGGAUUUGAACCCAUGUCCCCAGAACAUUAGGCUGGGCUUCUGGAGUGUUAGGAUUAGAGGGGUGCUGGAAAGGCACAGCAGGUCAGGCAGCAUCCAAGGAGCAGGAAAAUCGAUGUUUCGGGCAAACGCAGAGUGUUAGCCCAGUGGCAUUACCACUACAUUAUCAUCUCCCUGUAUGAUUCAAACACGUGACAUAAUUGUGAUGAUGAUGCAGCACUGAGUUGGAUCUUAUCCAAAUAUGUAAGAUUUAUUGGAACAAUGAUUCAGACAAAUAUUGUUAUGAUACUGAUGAAUUCAGUUUGAUUGCUGUCAAGGACGGAAACUGGAUGCUUUGUGAUUUUUUUUUGGGAAUAGUAAAGAAUGGAUGCAGAGUCUGAUUUUAAAAACCAAGUACACUUGUAAUGGGAAGUUUGGUUAUGUAAUAUGAAUCUAGGGAUUUAUCCAUUUUUGAGUUGAAUCUCUUACAGAAUUAUGGGACUUAAAUAAGAUUUUAUGUCCAAGAGUGUACUGUUGGUCUGUAUUUAAAUAUAUCGAACCCCGUAGAGGCCUAUACUCUGUACAGCAGUGCAUCCCUUUAUUUUAAAUGAAAAUUCAUUUCUUAUGAAAUCUGCAAGCAGAGAUGUGUUUAGUGAUUGAAUGAUGUCUGGAAUCAUCAAGUUACUUUUGAUGAUUUCUUUGGUGGUGGUCUGAAUUUGAGCAUGUGCUCUCACUUGUUGGUUUUACUGUUUAGAGUUUCUUCAGUCUCUUAAAUAUUUGAAAUGUAUCUUCCUUUUUGAAUUUGCUGAAUUUUGUGACUUACAUUACAGUUUGAUGAUAUUUUUUCUUUUUUUUCUCCUUUUAAUGCCACCAUUACAGCUGCCACAUUUUAUCAGGGCGGGCUCGCAACACAAUGUAGGAAGGAAAGUGGCUACAAGAUUCAUCUGGACAUGGAUUAUAACAUCGUCGGUUAACGGCACUCUUACUGAAAAAUGCUUCAUUUUACAAUUACUGAAUUAUAACAUUGUUGUGUAUCUGUAAUAAUUACCUCUGCAAUGAUUUGCUGCAUAUAUCACAUUCAGGGUGUCGGCGUGGCGACGGUUGUGAUUUCAUUCUUGCUCUGUACUUAUUACAAUGUUAUUAUCACCUGGGCUCUAUACUACCUGUUCAACUCAUUUGGAUCAUCACUUCCUUGGCAAAGCUGUAAUAAUACAUGGAACAUCGUGGAGAACUGCUCCAAUGGAUUUCCUGGGAAUGCCACUCACCUUCGAUCUGCCAGUCAACAAUUUUUUGAUUACAGGUUGUUGCAGAUGAGUAGAGGGAUUGAAGAGAUUGGCAGCAUUUCCUGGGAGUUGUUUGGUCUACUCCUAUUAGCUUGGAUCAUUGUAUACUUCUGUAUAUUCAAAGGAGUUAAAUCAACUGGAAAGGUGGUGUAUUUUACAGCCAUUUUUCCAUACCUCAUCCUGAUAAUACUUCUGAUCAAUAACGUGCAACUACCAGGGGCCAAGACUGGAAUCCUCUUCUUCCUGACACCUGUAUGGAGCAAACUGCUGGAAGGCCAGGUAUGGGUGAAUGCUGCUGCACAGAUUUUUAACUCCAUUGGAAUCGGUUUUGGCACCAUGAUAUCUAUGGCCAGUUACAACAAAUUCAAUAACAAUAUACUCAAAGAUACACUCAUUGUUGCAGUAACAAACUCAGCUACAAGUAUUUUUGCAGGAUUUGUGGUUUUCUCUGCAAUUGGAUACAUGAGCCAUCAGUAUAACCUGCCUGUUGAAGACAUUGCCACUGAUGGCCCAGGACUGGUGUACGUUGUUUACCCAGAAGCAUUUGUCACCAUGCCUCUUGCACCAAUGUGGGCUUCAUUGUUCUUCUUCAUGCUUCUCUGCUUAGGUGUGGAUAGCCAGUUUGCUAUGGUGGAGGUGAUGGUUACCAGUUUGAUGGAUGCCUGGGGAAAGAAACUGCUUUAUUUCUUCAAGCGCAAAGAGAUUGUAGUUCUUCUCAUCUGUUUUGUUGCUUUCCUGCUUGGAAUUCCAAACAUCACCCAGGGUGGAAUCUAUGUAUUCCAACUGAUGGACCAUUACACCGCUGUCGUCUCUCUCAUGUUCCUGGCUUUCUUUGAAGUUGUGGCCAUUUGUUGGUGUUAUGGUGUCCGUAGGUUAUCUGCCAAUUACAAGGAAAUGCUGGGAGCUCCUCCAAAUCUCUAUUUCAAGUUGUGCUGGUGGGUUGCUUCUCCGCUCCUUGUCACAGUUAUCCUUGUGUCCAGCAUAAUCCGCUACAGCCCUGCCCGAUAUGGUAAAAUGUACACUUAUCCUCCAUGGGCAGAGGGCAUCGGCUGGAUUGUCUCCCUCUGUUCAAUCAUCUGGAUCCCACUUGGAGCUGUACACACAUUGUAUACUAGCAAAGGCUCAUUUGUUCAGCGCCUUCAUUCUUCAAUAUCUCCAGUUGCUGAUGUAAUUCCAACAGAAAACCAGGACCAAAUAGUCAAAUUGAAGUCUGAUAUAUACAGACCUUCAUGUUCUAUUACCCAUAUUGACAGCAAUGACCUCACAGAAGAUACUGGUCUAUAAUUUAUUUUAAACUUAUAGAAGAUGUGUUGGGGAAAAUUAGUUUCACUGAAAUAUUCCUUGCUUACACUGGCAUGACUUUAAGACAAAAAAAAGAGUAUACAUUUUGGUGCUACGGUCACAGAUUUAAUUAUCAUGGAAUUUCUGGAUGUAGGUUUGCUCGCUGAGCUGGAAGGUUUGUUUUCAGACGUUUUGUCACCAUACUAGAUAACAUCCUCAGUGAACUGGUGGUAUAGUCCACUUUCUAUUAAUGUGUUUGGGUUUCUUUUGAGUUGUGAUGUCACUUCCUGAUCUUUUUCUCAGAGGGUCGUAAAUGGGAUCCAAGUUAA